UCGCACUAUUGUUUUUUUCAACAUUAUUUUAUGGUAUACAUGUGUGGUGUUGUUUUAUCAACGCGAUAUCAAUCGAACCGUCCAUUGUUUUAUUAUUACUUUUUCUCCCGGCAUGCGCACGUUUGAACGAUUAUGUGCUACGUUAUAAAAACGUACAGCGAACCUGCCGCCGUCGGCGUCAUAAUAUGUAAUAUAUAUUAUUAUCCAAUCGAACGUCUAUUUAACAAACUUAACGGUUUUUUAAAAAGUAUUUUUAUCAAGGACGUAGCCAAGAGGAGAAGGUGGAGCAAAUGCCUCAUUCUGUGGGUUCCCACGGCGCGUGGCUCGGCGAGCUUAAGGCGGCGUGCUUGGUGUUCCAAGCCUACUACUAUGUUUGGCAUAUCACGAGCUUACAAUUUCUACAUCAUUCCCACGGUGCGUAACUUGAUGAGCCACGAACUUACCCGAGCCAACCAAAGCUCCUUCAAAAUUAAGCCGUUGAAUUUUUCAGUUUAAAAUGAUUAGAACUCUAGAUCAAACACAAAUUAAUGCUGUGCAGCUGCCUAUUUUGUAAUUUGCGGUGAGUAUUUGUAAAAAAAAAAAAUUAGUUGAAAAACAAAAUUAAUGGUUGGGCUUCAUAUAAUUUCAAAAACACUAGAACUUAAUCGUUAGACUAUUCCAUGGU